AACAAGAACUCCGUAAGCUAAAGUCAUCUCCUCUGGGUAAGAGCCUGAGUGCUUGAAUUAGGAAUUAGUUGGUGAGAACCGAGUCUGGCUGACCGGCUGAACAAAACGCUAUCUCUAAAGGAAAAGGCACAAAGGGACAACUAUGCUCCUAGUAUUACUGAUUGGUCAGUCAUACCAAUUGAUGAAGAUUCUGUAAAUAUAACUUGGAUGACUGGCAAUGAAACAUCUGAAUAUGAAAACUUUUACUUUCUUGAAUAUAGGCAAAUGGGUGACAAUUUCACAGAAAAUACUUUGGAGUUUACCACGCAACAAUGGCAGGUUUUAUCAAAUUUAACAUCUGGCCUUUGGUAUGAAUUCCGAGUAGUUAUGGUACAGAAUGGACUGGAAUUUCCGAGUGACUGGAGAACAUUACUUCUUCCUUUAACAUCAGGUGAAAUGGAUUUGGAUUUUCUUCAAACUACUUGGUUUGUGGUGAUGAUGAUUGCUAUUUGUGUGCUUCUUCUAAUUCUCAUCCUUGUUUGUAUCAUCAAGUGUGAUAGAGGCAGCAAAUACUAUGUGAAAGAUGAUUGCCUUUCUAAUGAUGAAGAAGAACAGAAAACUGAAGUCGAUGGUACUGAGGCAAGUGAAAAGGACAGUUUAGAUGAAUACAAAUCAACAUCUACUGGCCAAUUCAAUGAAGAAGGAUCGAUAAUUAAGGAUUGAUAUAUUGUUACAUACAAUCCUGACAUGUUCAAGAAGCAAGCCUCGGUGGCAUAUAAUCAACUGCUGUUUAAAAUGUAUUUGAUACUACAAAUGUAUUAAAUUGAUUUUUUUCAAAUUUAGAAAUUAUUCUUUAAAGUGUUUAAUUACAAGUUUAAUUUAAAUGGUAAUAGAGUGUUCUGCUUCAUUAGACACUUAUUAUUUUAAUGUAUAUUUUAUUCAGCUUUUAAUAGUAAAUAAUUAAUGUUCUUGGCAGAUAAAAUAAGACAAAUAUAAUUUGGAUAUGAGAAGGACUUUAUUUUCUGUACAUCAUCACCUAUCUCUAAUCAUUGAAAUUAAGUUGACACUGAUUCUGGUAAAUAUCUGGUAACAAAAACCAAAUUUACUAAUAGUAGCUGUAUCACUGCCUUUUUAAUGCUAAUCUGCCUGCAUCAAAAUGCUCAUUUUUAAAAUAAAAUCUUAAUCAAAA